UUUCUUCCAGCCGCGAAGAGGGAAGUGACCGGAAGUGCUGUUUUCCGCCUCGCUUAAAUCCCCCAGGACCGCGAUCAGCGGUGUGAACCUCCAGUAGCAGUCCCGGCCGCAGCAUGUCUCAGGUUCGGGUUACGGACUUCUUUUCCCAGAGGAAGAAAGGGGCGAGCGCCGCGGGCUCGAAGCCGCGCUGCCGCUCCUCCGCGGCGGCGCCGCGGUGCUUGCCCCCCGGACCCCCGCGGUGCUCGUCCCCCGUCCACCAGGAGUUCCUCCGGGUCAUCGACGAGGCCGCGGGGCUCGGAGAUGGAGCCUCCGUCGGCGGCAAACAGCCGCUGUGCAGCCCGCGGACCCCGAAGCGCAGCGCCGCGGAGGAGGGCUGCGGGGAGUCGGUCCCCGUCUCGCUGAAGAGAGCGAAGAGCGCCGCCAGGGCGGGAGCGAGCAGGGCGGGCACGAGCCCCGUGGAAGCGAGACACGGGCCCAGGGUUCCGCGCGCCCCCGCAAGGAAGAGGCUCGUCCUCCCGGGAGCCAAGCAGGUUCUGACUGCAGACGACGCCGCCGCUCUCAAGAGUCGUCUUCAGAAGAUCGUGAAGCACGCAGCGGAGAUCACUUCUUCUUCGUCUGCUUCAGCCUCCUCCAGCACCCCGUCCUCUGCAGCGCGUCCUGAGGAUGGGGCCAGGGCCCCCGCCUCCUCUCCAGAUGUGGGAACCCUCCAGCGCUCUGUGGCCAUUGCUAAACAGCUGGCCGCUAAAGUCCAGAGCAGGAAGGAGGCGGUUGCAGCAGAAGAGGACACCCGGACCGAGGAGGUCCCACAGAAGGACAGCGUGGAGCUGCCGGCGUACCAGCGGUACCACACCCUCGCCCAGGACCUGCCCCCGGGCCUCACGCUGCCCCUGCACUACCGGCUGCUGGCUGAGAUGUUCAGGAGCAUGGACAACGUGGUGGCCAUCAUGUACAACCGCUCCGAGUCCGUCACCUUCUCCAAGAUCAAGCAGGGAGUCCAGGACAUGACCCGCAGGCGUUUUGAGGAGAACCACGUGGGUCAGAUAAAGACGGUGUUUCCUGAAGCGUACACCUUAAAACAGGAGAAGAAUGCCACGAUGUUCAGCAGCACCGUGCCCAAGAACAGUUACCAGCUCACCGUGGAGCCCGUCAUCCUCUCGGCCCAAAAUGAGGCCAGACCCGUUCUGUCCGCCUCCCAUCUGCUGGAGAGGAGACGGCGCUUCAACCAGAACCUCGUGUCCAUCGUCAAACAGCACCACACGGUCUUCCUGUCCUCGCUGGUCCCCCCGGUCUCUGUUCCUGAAGACAAGCUGACCCGCUGGCACCCUCGCUUCAACGUGGACACGGUCCCGGCCGUGGGGGCCAGCCCCCUCCCCGUGGCCCCCCAGGGAGAGAAGCUGUCCACGGCCCAGGAGGUGCUGGACAAGGCCCGCUCCCUCAUCACCCCCAAGAUGCAGAAGGCGCUGGUUGGUCUGACCAUGAAGACUGAAGGCAGAGCUGCAGAGAGACCAGAGCAGGCCCCGGCUGCUCCUGCGGACCCGGUCCCCAGCUCUCUGAAGGGCGUCUCCCAGUCCCUGCUGGAGCGGGUCCGAGCCAAAGAGGCCCAGAAGCUGCAGGCGGCCAUGACCCGGAACCCGGCCCAGGAGGAGCGGCUGCUGAUGAUGUCCCGGCUGGGGGAGCUGGCCCGGAUCCUGCGGAACGUGUUUGUAGCAGAGAAGAAGCCGGCGCUGAUCAUGGAGCUGCUCUGCAACCGCAUGGUGACCAGCUACAGGUCUGCCCUCAGCACAGGAGACAUGGAGAAGCACGUGCGCCUGCUGGCUGACGUGGCUGCCGACUGGCUCAGCCUGCACCCCGUCAGGAAGGACUGCUACGUCAAGAUGAACAGGAAGGUGGAGCUCAGCGCCGUCCUGGAGCAGCUGAGCCGCCGGCUCAGAGAGGAGGAGCGCCGGUGACGUGACCGCGGCGCUGCGGUGGAGACGAGGGACACGGGACCCUCCGGGACCAUCCGGGACACUUCCACGGCUCUGCUCCUUUUAAACAGACUUUUUCUUGCUGCUGUCGGCCGUGGUUUUUGUUUUUUUUCUUUUAAGGGUGUGUUGUUGGCACCUCCCACUGCUGCUGGACAUGUUCGUGUUGAACAGAUCCGUUCCUCAGAGACGUGUCUGUCAGGACAACAUCACAUUGUUGUCCGUUGAGAAAAGUGUUGUGGUCCACGUGACUGUGGCUCCUCCGGUGAUGGUUCUGGACCCUUCAGGCUCCGUGGCGUACAUCCUACUGGAUGUGGACUUGUUUAGCCGUUCCUUUCUCUCCCCAUCACUGGGUUUCACCAGUCACAGAACUGUUCCCAGCGGCUUGGAAACCUACCAGUGUCUCUUGAUUGGCCUCGUCAAUAUCUCCAGAGUAUUUUUGAUUGGUUCCGUUAGUGUGAGGGCCCUGGCGAGCACCGAGGACCUGGACCUGAUGUUGGAGCUCCAGUGAAACGGCUGCCAGUCAUGUGUGUUAAAGUAUUGGGGGGGGUGAGCUGCUCGUGGACACUUCUCUCACUUGUUACAGUAUGACUUCUACCAGUGCUCUAUAGCAUUAUGGGAUGGUCCAUGGGGCAUUCUGGUGGGCCAACCUCGCUGCUGGAGAUAUUUCUGUCCUGUAGUCGAGACGACUGAUGGCUAAGUAAAGUGUGGUCUCGGCUAAUAAACAUACUUGAACAUGA